GUUUCCAUGGAGACGGCCCCGGGCGGGAGUUCCGCGGUGCCGGCCAUGGCUCCGCAGUUCCAGGCGCUGAGGUGUUGUUCCUGCCUCACCUACCAGGUGCAGCAGGUUAAAAAGAGCAAGAAGUGGAACUGCAAAUUAUGUGGAGAGAAACAGUCAGUGCUGAAGGUAUAUGGCCAGGGUUCGGGGGCUGACUGUCGACAACACGUACAGAAGCUAAACAUGCUGCGAGGGCUGAAGAUGCAGGCAAUGGAAGCCACUACUCGGCCCAUUGAGGAACGAGCGUAUUCUAGCGAUCACUGCCAACCCCAGACAUUUAGUGCGGUGUGUGGACAGAGCCAAGCAACCAGUCGCUGGAACAUUUAUUUGGACCAGAAGCCUGCAGAAGAACCGUUCGAGGAAGGAGGAGAAGAUGGCGAGGUUGUGUACACCGACAGGCAACAGUUCCAGGCAGACAUGAGGAAUGCCAGCAGAGAUCGAAGUAAACGUAAAAGAGGAUCACAUCUUGACCCUGAGAAGCUGGAUCCAUAUGGACAUUGUACUGAUAGCAAUGGAAAGGAGACUGCCAGAAAGAAAAUGGUGCGUUAUCUGAAGCAGGUGAAUGGAAGCAGAAACGGGAACCCAGAAAUUGGAGAAGGGAGUGAUAUUUUAAACCAGUCCAAAUUGGAUUUCAACUCUGCAGUCCAGCUGGGUAACAAAAGCCGAAGUGAUAAAGCUUUCCUAACCAAACAACCAAAGGCCUCGAGGUGGGAUAGGUUCCUACCUCUCAGCCGUGCAACAGGUAGUGAACUCUUCAAUCAAAGCACAGUCAAUUCUGGGCAGCAAGUGUGGACACAGGAUUCUCCUUCCACUCACUUUCCCUUGACAUGCUCAUUACCGGAAGAUCAAGAUGAUGAUGUGGGUCGUUCUGCUCUUUCUGACUGUUCAGUGCUGACGGGUGAUACUUGGCUAUGUGUAUCACCUACAACAGGAACAGCAACAGAGAAGGUAGUGACUAGCCCACUUAAUGCUGCCUGUGCGGAACUUGUUGAGGGAGCCAGUGGGACAGUGGAUUCACCUGAACUUAGCAGUGACUCUAAAAGAGUGAGCAAUAACGCAUGUGGGGCUGGGAAGGAUGGCCAAGCACAAAAGCCUUUCCCUGAAUUCAUGCUCCACGCUGCCGGAGUUUCAGGCACUCUUAAACCAGGGACUUCCUCGUCCUUGCUGGCUCUAACUCACCAUCAACCAUCAGCUGGAGGGUCACCAGCAUUAAACACCAAGCAACCCUGCUUUAUGUCACUCUUUCAGAUGGAUGAGGACUUUGAUGAUCUGUGAUUUUUUUUUGUUGUUGUUGAGGAUAUUUUUAAGGAAUUAAGUCAUUUGGUGGUUUACCUUUAGACCAGCACUGUUGUGUUGCUCUGCAUGGGUUUCCUCCGGGUGCUCCAGUUUCUUCUGACAUUCCAAAGACGUACGGGUUAGGAAGUUGUGGACAUGCUACAUUGGCGCCGGAGGCGUAGCGACACUUGUGGGCUACCCCCAGAAUAUUCUACACAAAAAAUGCAUUUCACUGUGUGUUUUGAUGUACAUGUGACUAUUAAAGAAAUCUUUUUCCCAGGGUCAAAAUGUCUAAUACUAGAGGGAGGGGGAAAGUUCAAAGAAGAUGUGCAGGGCAAAGUUUUUUUUAACACAGAGUGGUGGGUGCCUGGAAUGUGCUGCCAGGGGUGAUGGUGGAGGCAGAUACGAUAGAGGUAUUUAAGAGACUCUUAGAUAGGCACGUGCAGAGACUGGAGAGAUAUGGACACUGUGUAGGCAGAAGGUACUAGUUCAGUAGGCUUUUAAUUACUAGUUUAAUUAGUUCGGCACAACAUUGUGGGCCGAAGGGCCUGUUCUUGUGCAGUACUGUUCUAUGUUCUAAUUGUAUCUGAUUCCACCACUUCUUCUGGCAUCAUAUUCUAGAUAUCAACACUCUCUGUGUGAAUAAAAAGUUGCCCCUCAGAUCCCCUUUAUAACUCCUUCUCACCUUAAACCUGCGCCCUCUUGUUUUUGAUACCUUAUGUUGCCAUUCUUGGGGAACCCUCACACCCAUAUUGUGAAUGUUCUUUCUCUUAAAUCUACAACUCAUCUUGAACAGGUGCUCUAAUUAUCGUCUUUAAUAACUUGACCAACAACUAAACUCUAUUUUCAACAGCAGUUGGUGCUUUGUGAGCUGCUGUGUGGAUCAUUCCUUUCAAUCAGUAUAGAUACCUCAUUCGAGAGUACAGUCAUGAGUGAUUGCCACUUGCCACAAAUUCCUGUACUCUGCACACCAAUGCUAGAUUUAUCAUUAUCAUGACGAUUUAAGAUUCUUAAUCAUACCUAUGUGAGAAUCGCUCAUCAGAGCAUCAUUCACGAGGGCUACGUCAUCGGCAAAAGUUAAGGUGGUAUGACUUGUACAUACAAUAUCCAAACACCAUAACAAAAUAUACAGUAUUAAAUAACAUUGAGGAGAGUGAGUUGUCCUCCUUAACUUCCCUUUUUAACAGAAAUGGAUUCAGUUUUUGCUUUAUUUCCUUUGGUUGUUGUGGUAAAGUUUGAAUGAAGAUCCAUAACAGUUAAUGAAGUGCUUGUCGACCCCAAUGUGACCCAAAGCUUCUCUUUUUAAUUUGUGUCCCACAGAGUGGGUAACUUUAGUCGAUUUAGCAAAAUAGCAGUCAAAUCUUACGAUUCUUUUUAGUCCCUGAUAAUAAAUUAUUUAAAAUCAUAAUGUUCUAGUAACAUCAAGGUGUGACUGCUUAAAAACCAUUUUGGCAUCUAUUCAGGGUUAUUGACGCAGUUGGUCUCCAGGCUAAAAUCUUGGUAAGAACCCUGAGUAAAAUAGACCUGUGGAUUAUAGGCCUCCAGUUGUCAAUAUUUUGCAAUUUAACCAAGAGGUCAUAUUUUUGGAAUGGAAACUGUUUGUCCAUCAUUGUCAUCUCUGCUAUACUAAUUACCUCUAAUAAAUUUUCAUUAUUUGCUUUGGACAGACAUGGUCUAAACUUGGCAAUAUCUGCCUGAUAAUAAUACAGGUCAUCCCUGGAUAACGAACUGGUUCCAUUUUUGUCCUUGUCAGAAAAUACACAAAAAUCAGUCGAUAUGCUAACCAUACCUCCUGAGUAUUGUAAUGAAUGGCAUCAAAAGCACAUAAGACUGAAGAGAAAGAAAAAAUGACCGAGUGGAGAGAGAGAGGAAAGUAGUUCUGCUAUCGUAGGAACGAACUUAUGUACGUCUGUUACAUACGUAUGGCUACACAGGUUAAUAGGGCAGUAAAGAAGGCAUAUGGCAUGCUUGCCUUCAUUAGUUGAGGCAUUUAGUUCAAGAGUCAGGAAGUUGUGCUGCAGCUUUAUAAAACUUACUCCACAUCUGGAGUACUGCAUUCAUUUCUGGUUGCCCCAUUAUAGGAAGGAUGUGGAGGCUUUGGAGAGGGUGCAGAAGACAUUUACCAGGAUGCUGCCUGGAUUAGAGGGUAUGUGCUAUAAGGAGAGGUUGGGCAAACUUGGGUUGUCCUCUCUGGAGCGUCGGAGGCUGAGGGGAGACCUGAUAGAGGUUUAUAAGAUUAUGAGAGGCAUAGAGAGAGUAGACAGCCAAUAUCUUUUCCCCAGGGUUGAAAUGUCUAAUAGCAGAGGGCAUGCAUUUAAGGUGAGAGGGGGAAGUUCAAAGAUUUGCAGGGCAAGUUUUUUUUUACACAGAGAGUGGUGGGUGCGUGGAAUGCACUGUCUGGAGUGGUGGGUGAGGCAAAUACAAUAGGGGUGUUCAAGAAGCUCUUAGAUAGGCACAUGAAUGUGAGGGAAAUGGUAGGAUAUGGACAUUGUGUAGGCAGAAGGGAUUAGUUUAGUUGGACAUUUUAUUACUAAUGUAAUUGGUUCGGCACAACAUUGUGGGCUGAAGGGCCUGUUCUGUGUUCUAUUUUGGACCUUUUGAAUUUAAUAGUAUUAUGGGAGCUUGUUCAUAUGUAGGGGUGUCUAUAAGUUGGGUGUUUGUAACCCAGGAAGGUCCUGUAUAAAAUUCAUCUUAAAGGACUUCCCUACUGCCCUUCAAUGGGCAGGCUGCAUUACCUGGGCUAGCCGCUAAAUGUCUUGCUAAUGCUUUUUCAUUUUCCUUAAAUAAAUUGUGCAUUUUAUUCACUUUAAUAAAUCUUUUCCUUGGCAUUGAGAUGAAAAUAUCUUUUCCCCUGAACCUACAAAUCUGCUGUCUCUGACAAAUAUUGUCACUGCCACCAUUCACUGCUUGACCAACAAAUACACUAAAGACAUUUGACAGCAGUUCAGCAUAUUGUGAUCUGCUGUGAAAAUCCUUCCCAUUCAGUAUGUGUGCUUUAUUGAGAAGACCUAAACAUAUAAUGGCUAAUACUGCCUAUACUUACUGUCAUAGAAAACUUUCAUGAGAACCUGUAGAUUCACCUAAAACACCAACAUGUAUCAUUCCAAAACUAGACCUCCUCAGUCAACAACAGCAACUCCUGUAACAUUUUAUUCUAGAUUACAGGGGGAUCUUGAUCAGUUAGGGAAGUGGGCCGAGGAGUGGCAAAUGGUUUUAAGUGUGAAGUGAAGCAUUUUGGAAAGUCAAACCAGUGUAGGACUUGUACUGUGAAUGGUAGGGCACUAGGGAGUGUAGUGGAAUAGAGGGACCUAGGAGUACAAGUGCUUAGUUCGUUGAAAGUGGCGUCACAGGUAGACGGGGUGGUGAAGAAGGCGUUUAGCACACUGGCCUUCAUCAGUCAGGGCAUUGCGUACAGGAGUUGGGACAUUAUGUUGCAGUUGUACAAGUUAUUGGUGAGACCACAUUUGGCGUACUGUGUAUAGUUUUGGCCCUGCUAUAGGAAAGACGUAAAAUUUAUGAGGAUGCUGUCAGGACUAGAGGGCCUGAGUUAUAGGGAGAG